AUGGCCAAGCCUCAGCGGACCCCGGCGCGGAGCCCCGACAGCAUCAUCGAGGUGAAGAGCAAAUUCGAUGCAGAGUUCCGGCGCUUCGCGCUGCCCCGAGCCUCGGUGGGAGGCUUCCAGGAGUUCUCCAGGCUGCUUCGAGCCGUGCACCAGAUCCCAGGCCUGGACGUGCUACUGGGCUACACGGAUGUGCACGGGGAUCUGCUGCCCCUCACCAACGAUGACAACCUGCACCGGGCGCUUGCUAGCACGCAACCGCCCCUCCGCCUGCUUGUGCAGAAGAGGGAAGCGGAUCCCACCGGCAUGGCCUUUACCUCUAACUCCUUACAGCGUCGGAAGAAGGGUCUGCUCCUCCGACCUGCAGCCCCUCACCGGACCCGCCCCCCACUACUCAUCAGCCUUCCCCAGGACUUCCGCCAGAUUUCCUCUGUCAUCGAUGUCGACCUGCUGCCUGAGAGCCACCGGCGUGUGAAGCUACACAAGCACGGCUCAGACCGUCCACUGGGCUUCUACAUCCGAGAUGGCGUUAGCGUCCGAGUGGCACCCCAAGGCCUGGAGAAGGUGCCUGGCAUAUUCAUCUCCCGCCUGGUCCGGGGAGGCCUGGCGGAGAGCACUGGGCUCCUGGCAGUCAGUGAUGAAAUCCUUGAGGUCAAUGGCAUUGAUGUGGCUGGCAAGUCGCUGGACCAGGUGACAGACAUGAUGGUGGCCAACAGCCACAACCUCAUUGUCACUGUCAAGCCUGCCAACCAACGCAACAAUGUGGUGCGGGCUGGGGCAGGCCGACCUCUGGGUGCUCAGCCGACUGCCCCCCUCCCUCCUGUGGAAGUUCCUGAGCCAGACAGUGAUGAGGACAGUGACCUGGUCAUUGAGAGCCAUAGGUUGCCUGGCUACCUCCCUCCUUGCCCUAAUGGGGUGCCUCUGGCCCCUUCCCAACGGGACUUGCGCCCUAGUCGCUCACUGCCUGGCUCUCGAGGGUCCUUACAGUCACUGGACAGUCAGGAUGGGGCCAGCCCUGCCCGGGGGGGCAGUCUAAGGGAAGACGGCAGUGGCAUCACCCUAUAGUCUGGGAUUUGGCCAGCUGGACCCUAAGGGCUAUUGUCCUCCUAGCCUCUGCCUGGACCAAUGGACACCAGGGCCAAGGUGGGACAUGGGAGAAGAACAGCUCCUAACCUCGGUCCCCCAAGGUGCCCCUGCUCUGUCUUCUUCCUGGAGAGAGUUGUCUUCCCUGCCCUACUCCCUUGCCCCAAGCCUCUCCCUCUCAAUGGGCAGCCAGCUGGGGAGCUGCCUUUUCAGGAGCUGAGGCAGUGCCUUUGCUCACUUGACCCU